AAAUCGCUCUGGAAAACAUUUCACCAGACGUAAACAAAGCCUGUCCUUGGUGUGCAUUGGAAAUAGCACAUUAGCUCGAGUUAGGCUGGAAAAUGUUGCUUUUAAACUACAGAAUUAUUUUUACCUGCGUGGUCCUACUAGUCAGCAAUGCGAGCGCCUUUCGGUUCAAGAGUUUAGAUUUCUAUAUGCAGCUUUGGAAUGGCGAAUUCUUCGCAUCGAGCCCGUUCGGUGGGGGCAGUGUGGCAAAACCGGAUGAGAAAGCCGAAAGCACCAAGCCAGGCAUUACUUUCCAGGGUCAAGCGUUACAAAGCACACUGUACGAUUAUCUCACAUACCGCGACAAAGUGUUGUGUUCCUUGGCACAAACUAGCGAACUGGAGGAGGGUACAAAUCCCGAUGGAAGUCGCAAAUCACCACUGCGCGUCAAAUGCAGCCCAGUGGAAGGAAAUGGAACACUCUACAUCAUCACCUCGCUAAAGGACAUGGUGAAAGGGUUACCCCACUAUGGCAAUUCGACCAAAAGGAACGAGGUGGGCAGCUGCUUCUUGAUGCUGUUCUACACGAAAACCUGCAUCCACAGUGCGAUGGUGGCACCGCAUUUUAACGCACUGGCACGACACUUUCCCGAUCUGGUGGUAACCGCGAUUGAUGCGUACAAUUUUCACUUUUUAAACGGCGAGUUCGGUAUCGUGGGGCUGCCGACGAUUAUGCUGUUCCAUCAGGGACGUCCGUUAGUGAAGUACAACGGGACGGAAAUUACGCUUUCCUCGCUGGCGAAGUUUGUUACACGACACACGGGCAUCGAACCACGGUUGGCAAAUCAAAAGAGCAGCACGACGGUUCUGCACUACAUAUCGGACGAUUUCAAAGGUCCGCUGUCGAACAAGGUUGAAUACCGUACGGAUUACUGGCUGUACGUGGCUUGGGCAUUCAUUAUUGUUUGCACGUGCUACUACUUCUCGAAAUCUACACUGUAUGCACAGAUCAUUGAGAUGAUCAAGCGAAACUGGCGAGAAUCGGCUGCUCAGCAUAGUUAGGAGCGCACUUUUGCGCAAAGGAUUUGAAUUAAACUCGUUUAGUUGUUCUGUUGUACUAGUUUUAUUCUAAAUUUAGAGAAAUAGAUAUACAUCAUUGAUUUGAUUGAUAUGAUUGUCAUAGUUUAGUGAAA